AUGGAACAGGAAAAUGGGAAGCCCCUUCAGGAGGGGACCACUCCCUCUAUCCCAACCGAGACAGCAGAUACUUCUGGGACUGUGGGGAAUGGGUGUGCCAACGAGGAAGAGUUAGCCAAAGACAUGGCCCAGAAGAUGUCUGACAAGCAAUCUGAAGAAGUGGGAGGGGCUGACAACGAAAAUAGAGUAGAGGAGGCCCAGUCUGAGGCCAAGACAGAGAAUGAUGAGGAAGCCAAAUCUGAUCCCAAGAAGGAGGUUGAUGAGAAAGAGGAGACCAAAGAAGAGGCUGAUGGGAAAGAGGAGGCCAAGUCUGAACCCAAAAAAGGGGAUAAUAGAGAAGAAAUCAAAUGUGACUCAGCAGAGGAGGCAACAAAGGAGUCAGAGAAAGAAAAUAAGGAGACUUCCUGCUCAGAAUUGGAGGCAGAGACCAUUUCUGACACUCAAGUCAUCCAGGAGGUAGGUGGUACAGAUGGAGAGCCAAGCAAUGGAACUGAGAAGGAGCAAGGAGAAAGCUCAGCAGCAACUCCUAGCUCACCAGAGGAAUGGCCAGAGAGCCCCACAGGAGAAGGACAGCACCUCAGCCCAGAUACCACUGGUCCAGAGAGCCCAACAGCCAGUGACUCCUCCCCCAGUGAUGUGCCCCAGAGUCCCACAGGCCUCGCUCCCUCAGAGGAGAAGACUGAGAAGCCGUCAGAAUACAGAGUCUCUGCUCCAACCCGACCCCGAGGUCCCAGGGCUCAGAACCGAAAAGCCAUCAUGGACAAGUUUGGGGGGGCAGCGACUGGCCCUGCCCCCCUCUUCCGGAACGCAAAGGCAGCAGGGGCAGCUGUGGGCAGCGUCAGGAACAUGUUGCUUGAGUGGUGUCGAGCCAUGACCCGGAAGUAUGAGCAUGUGGACAUUCAGAACUUCUCCUCCAGCUGGAGCAGUGGAAUGGCCUUCUGUGCUCUCAUCCACAAAUUCUUCCCCGAUGCCUUUGACUACACCACGCUUGAUCCCAAGAAGCGCCGGGAGAACUUCACCCUGGCUUUCUCUACGGCUGAGAAUCUGGCUGACUGUGCCCAACUGCUGGACGUAGAUGACAUGGUCCGGCUGAGCGUCCCUGACUCCAAAUGUGUCUACACCUACAUCCAGGAGCUGUACCGCAGCCUUGUGCAAAAGGGACUGGUGAAAACCAAGAAGAAAUAA